AUGGGGGGUCAUUCCCCCAACACGUCAAGCCCACAGCAGACUCCACAGUCGAUACGAAGAAGUCCCCUAAAUUUUACACUCAUAUAUGGUAUGGAAGGUGUGACCAGUACAUGCUGCUCUAAGCGACAAAUGAUUUACCAUUUUGCAUACAUGUCUGCUAAGGCUGUUGCAACUGGAUGGCUGCAUCUGCAUGAGUCUGUGUUAGAAGGCAGCAGCGCCUUCAGUAAGGCUUUUGGUAUGAGUUAUUGGGAGUACGUUGCAAACAAUCCUGAAGCGAACAAGACAUUGAACGAGGCCAUGUCUUGUGACACUCGUGCUGUCAUGUCUAGUGUUGUCAAGAUUUAUGAGGACGGAUUUAAGAAGAUAAAUUCUUUGGUUGAUGUUGGGGGAGGUCUCGGCUCUGCCUUGUCCAUUAUUGUCGACAAUUACAAACACAUUACAGGAACUAAUUUUGACUUGCCUUAUGUCAUUGCUUCUGCACUUCUUAUCGCUGGUAAGCUUGAUCUUGGUCCAUUAAUUUUGUAA